AUGUCUUCUCCAAGAUCCUGGUUCAACCAGGGACCUAUGCGCCAAACUAUACAGAUCGGCAAGAUCAUCAACCUAUCCCACCCUCAGCCAAUCCAGUGGAAGAUCAUUGAAAUCCUCAAUGAACACGACUACCAGACUGAGAAAGGCGACCCUCUUCCCUCUUGCGCGUCACUCAAACUAUCCUGUAUCGAGGUCAACGGUCAUGGAAGGCACGCUAUGAUCCGCGUCUAUGUGCAAGUCCCGUAUCGGAAUGCGGAAAUGGAGGAUUUGGCAACGCGCGCCACGCAAGCUAAUAUCUGA